AUGACUGGCCAACGAUCUUCAUCUACACCGGCUGAAACUCCGGGUAACGAUACAUCUUCUACAUCAGCAACUCACUCCCAAGAAGAGCUAAGUUCAGACGCCACGCCCCUGGAAGCAUCUCCCAUCUUCAACUCCAAUGACGCUUACACUGAGAUCAUUGAAUGGGCAUCAUAUCCACGUGCCAUAGAGCUUCAUGACAAUCCCAUCGAUGAUGAUAUCUUGCUCCCACCAGAAUGUCGCUCUCCAUCCCCGCCAUCUCCAUCUCAGCCCUCACCAGCAUUCACCUUCUCGGUCCUCGACUCCCCUCCUACCCCUUCUUCCCCGAUAACUAGUGCCCCUCAACUCAUCUACCCAGUAUUCACCUACAUGCCCAUCGAAGAGAGACUUCAAAGACGCCAGGAGUGCGAAUUCCACCUCCAACGUUUCAAACAUGGCCUCGCCGAAGACCCCUUUGGUGAAUGGGCCGACCUUGCUAACAACUUAUACGGCGGCAAUAUCCCUCCUGAAUUUUACCUCACCUCCGCCCCCUUCGACCUCCACUCCCUGCGCGGCCGCGUCCGCCUGCGCUACAUCCGCACAGCUUUCUGCAUGCCCAUCGACUCCACAAGCUACCAAAUUGAAUCUUUCCUCAGCCGCAACCCGUCUCUAGUCCGAUAUCUCCUUUGCAACACCGUGCCUGAUCCGGAUCAUGCUUACCUGUACCAGAAACAUGUGAAUAACUCUGCAAGUCGGCAACACAAUAGGACUGUGUUGCGCGCUAUCAAGCAGCUGAACUGGAUAAAUGAGACGGUCGACUGGAUGGCAGAAGCGGCCAGGUCAGAAGAUGAGGGGGCUUUAUCUGAAUUGCACAAGGUGAGAGAAACCGAGAUACUGCCUACGGUGUGGAAGAAGAUGCAGGAGAUGGAGGAGAGGAAGGAGAAGUGGAAGGAGAUGCCAAUGGAGAAGUUACACGUGCGGGCUGUCCAAAAGAUGCGAAAGAAUCGUCCAAAUAGCCUGCUUAGAAACGUCGUGACGUCCCAAGAGGUCGUGAAGAGUCGCUGUAGGUUUAUGUAG